GUACUGGUACUGGUACUGGUACUGGUACUGGUACUGGUACUCCUCCCUUCGAAGCUCUUCUGUUGGCUGACGACGGCCUUUCGAUCCAAGGCAUUCUACCUUUUAUAGGCGUUGGGCAGUAUACCUUUAUUGGAUCAGUCAACAGAAAGAUGAAUCAACUGUACAAAGAGUACUGCAAAAUUGAACUCAAGAAAAAUCCAAGAAAGGCAAAUGAUAACCCUGGAGGGUUUCGUCCUACUCGUCGCUCUCCAGAAAGCACUGAUACUCUUUACAGCGAAACAUUCUGUAACCAGCCACGUGCAGAAUACUGGCUCAAGGACAAUUCCAGCAAUAAGAUGCCUCAGCGUAAUCAUGUUUGCAAUGUGAUUGCCAGAUAUGGAAAUAUUAUGGUCAUGAAAUGGGCACGGCAACAAGGAUUCUAUUGGAGUGAGCGGACAUGUGCUGCAGCGGCUAGAAAUGGACAUUUUGAAUUACUCCAAUGGUUAAGAGAGAAUGGUUGUCCAUGGAGUGAGCGGACAUGUGAGUACGCUGCUGACGGUGGCCAUUUGGACAUUUUAAAGUGGGCUCGCGAAAAUGGCUGUGCAUGGAAUGAGCGGACAUGCCGUGCUGCUGCUGACGGUGGACAUUUGGAAAUUUUAAAGUGGGCUCGUGAAAAUGGUUGUCCAUGGAAUGCAGAUACAUGCUGGGCUACUGCUAAAAAUGGGAAUUUGGAAAUUUUGAAGUGGGCUCGUGAAAACGGUUGUCCAUGGAAUUGUCACACCUGUAACUAUGCUGCUGAAGGUGGACAUUUGGAAAUUUUAAAAUGGGCUCAUGAAAAUGGUUGUCCAUGGAAUGAACACACAUGUAAGGCUGCUGCUCAAGGUGGGCAUUUGAAAUUCUAAAAUGGGCUCGUGAAAAUGGCUGUCCAUGGAAUUAUUGGACAUGCCGUGCUGCUGCUGAC